AUGGCUUCUCUGACACAGAAGUUGAUGCCACAUCGAAGCUGGAAGAACUCCUUGUACGAGUUUAAGAGGUUGGAAUUCAGAACUAGACGCCAUGCCAAGUUGAAGUGGAAUUUGGGAAUGGGAGUUUCUCUAGGAGUCUCUCUGUACACAUUUUAUAGAGAGGCCAGUAUACUACCUAAGGAGCCUUUGUAUCGAGCUACGAAUGAGCCGGUUAGAAGUGUGAAACAAACUCAUGAUCAGGCGACUGGACAGCUACUGUUGCCCUCCGAUGUUGUGAACUAUGUAACCGUAGCGGGAAAGGACAUUGUCUUUGCCAGUGAAGAAAAAGAAAUGAUGUAUAAGUUGGAAGAGCCUGAACUAACUUUGUUGGGUUUUGAGCCACUUACCUCUGCCAAGGAAGAUUUGCAUUUUGGCCCGUCUUCUUUUGCAUAUGCGGAAGAAACUUUGAUCAAAGGAAGCAAUGACCUUAUGAGUGAUGCAGUGUAUCGCCAAACAGAAGGUGGCACUGUGCCGCAUGACCUCACGAUACAGAGCCGCCACAAAAUAUGUGUACCUUUUUCCCCGUGA